AAAUAUCAUUUUCUACAACAUGUUUCUUCUUUAUAGGUCCUCCUACCCCCCAAGAUGUAACUUAUAAUCCACCUUCUUCAACCUCCUCCUCCUUCUUCUUCUUUCUCCUCACCAUUAAUCUUUCCUCACCCAACAUCCACCACCACUUUUAAAUGGACAAAACCGAUAGAGAGACUCAUGAUUUCAUGAACGUUGAAUCUUUCUCUCAACUCCCCUUCAUCCGCCCCUCACCCCACAAAGAAAAAGGCAUAAGACUCUUCGGUAAAGAGUUCGGUGGCGGCAGCGGCGGUGGCGAUUCGGGCUCCAUGAUCACCGACGAAUACGACACGAACAACACCGCAGUCGCAAACCAUGAAGAUUCGAAAGAAACAAGCGAAAACAGCCGGAAAUUCGAGUGUCAUUACUGCUGCAGAAACUUCCCUACCUCACAAGCCUUAGGUGGCCAUCAAAACGCACACAAAAGAGAAAGACAACAUGCUAAACGAGCUCAUCUCCAGUCAACCAUGGUCAACGGCAGCUUUUCAGAGGCACAAAUGUAUGGUCUCAUGAACUACCACCGUUUCACCACCACCCCACCACCCUUUUACCACCACACAAACCCUAACCCCACCAUCACCAACUACAACCACAGGUUUUAUAACUAUAACAACAACAACACCACUUCAUCUUAUAACAACACUUCUCAUCAUCAAACACCUAUCAAUGGUAGUCCAUUAGCCCUUUGGAGAUCAUACCCUAAUGCCCAAAGCUCUACAUUUAACCGUGACCAUCCGAUCAACAUGUCGCCUAUCAUGUCUUCCAAUGAGGGGUUGCAAGCAUCAAGAAUCCCCACAAGCUCAAGUUAUAUGUAUGAUUCCAAGGUUCAAGAUCAAGUUAGUCUUGACUUGCAUCUUUGACAUUAUAUCUAGAAGCUAGUUAAUUGCUUGUCCACUAUUUUCAGUUUUAUUAGUUAAUCUAGAAGUAUUUAUAGAACUUAAUUCCAUUUUCAUUAAUUUUUUAAUGUUGAAGUAUCUUGAGUA